CUUCUCAUCCCCACCUGACAGCACUUCUCUGCUCUGGCUCCAGGAGACCUGAAGUUCUGAACAUCAGCAUGUGAGUCAGUGAUGCAGCUUGUCACAGGAUGUCAGCGUUCAGAGAAAGCAGCAGGUCCAUUUGGCACAGUGUCAUCUUCAUGUCAGGACAGGAGAACAAUUUCAUCAACCUCAGCUUUCUCCGCCUCUUCCGUGCUGCCCGGCUCCUCAAGCUGCUGCGCCGAGGCUACACCAUCCGCAUCCUGCUGUGGACCUUCGUCCAGUCCUUCAAGGCCCUGCCCUACGUGUGUCUGCUCGUCGCCGUGCUGUUCUUCAUCUACGCCAUCAUGGCAUGCAGGUGGGUUUUUGGAAAUACUGCCCUGGAUGAUGACACCAGCAUCAACCAGCACAAUACCUUCAGGACGUUUUUGCAAGCCUUGAUGCUGCUGUUCAGGGGUGCCACUGGGGAGGCCUGGCAUGAGAUCAUGCCGUCUUGUCUCAGCAACCGGGCCUGUGAUGAGCACACCAAUGCCAGUGAGUGUGGGAGCGACUUUGCCUACUUCUACUUCGUCUCCUUCAUUUUCCUUUGCUCCUUUCUGAUGUUGAACCCCUUUGUGGCCGUGAUCAUGGACAAUUUUGAGUACCUUACACGGGACUCUUCCAUCCUAGGGCCUCACCCCCUGGACGAGCUCAUCCGGGUCUGGGCUGAGUAUGACCUGGCCGCGUGGCUGGGACCGGACUCCCUGACUUCCCUAGAGAGGAAUCCCUCUGCCUCUCCUCCUGCCAUUGGUGCUGGUCUACAGGGACCCUGUGCUCUGGAAAGCCGAUUUUCCUG